AUGUCUGAAAACGAACAUCACAAUGUUGCGGACAAUUACGUGGUUUGUGAUACCUUCUCUGAGACUGCAGACAUCACGUUCUUUACCCCUGGGGGUUACAAGCAUAAGUUAACUAUCAGUUACAGUCGGAGCAGUGGGCCUGGAGGACAGAAUGUCAAUAAAGUAAACAGUAAAGUAGACGUGAGGUUUAAUGUGCAGUCAGCAGAAUGGAUCCCACAGAAUCUCAGAAACAAAAUUCUAGAAAAGUUCAAAACUAAGAUCAAUGCAAAGGGUGAGCUCAUCGUUACCUCAGACAGCACUCGUGCACAAAUAAGGAAUCUACGUGACUGCAUGCAGAAAAUACGUGAUAUAAUAGAAGAAGCUAACAAGAAACCCAAACCAUUGUCAGAUAAAGAUAGGGCCACAAUAAGAAUGAGGGCAGAAAGAUAUCACCGAGAAAGACUUCGUCUGAAGAAAAUCCACUCUGUAAAAAAAGAUGACAGACAUGUGUAUUUAGACUAAGUUAUUUCAAUUUGAAUUCAUAUUUGAUAUUAAACAAGUAAAAAUAAAUUAACAAUUUUUCAUUAUUAAAA